AUGGCAAGAUUCAAAAUGCGUUCCGCCGUUAUUUUGGCCGCUAUUGCUGGCCUGUCCGCCGCCAACCCCGUUGUCACCCGCGACGCCACAGCCCAGAACGGCAUAGACCUGAGCGCCUUCGAUGCGGAACCUAAGGUCACCAAGACUGGCCCGGAAGUAGGUGCUAGCAGUGAAGCACCGACUUACAGCCCGACAGAAGAGAAGGUGGCAGCGGCAGAGGAUGCAGUUGUGAACCCUGUGAAGUCUAGCAACUUGAAGGCCCGUGAUGAGACUUGCGACUACACUAAGAAGGAGCCUGAUGGCUACGGACCUGUGUCAUCGCCUGACGACUAUGCCACCUUCAUGCAGGACCCUCAAUUCGACGCUGUCGCUAACUCAGCCAUUACGCCUCCUGGGUACACCAAGGCUUUUGGUGCCCUUACAGGCUCUGUUGAGGGUUCAGGCUACCAAGGUCUCUAUACUCUGAAGAGUUAUGAUACGAUCAAGUGCCAACAGUACUGCGACGCCGCUCCCGUUUGCUACGGUUUCAACAUCUUCUUUGAGAGAGACCCCAAGAUCUCCCCGACUAACACCUGCGUCAACCCCGCCAGCAUCACCAACUAUAAGUGCACUCUUUGGGGCUAUCAAGUCACCGCGGCAUCUGCAACCAAUACUGGACAAUGGAGAAACAAGUUCCACGUUGGUAUCCGUGGCUCUAACGGUUACGCCAAGAACGCAGCUCCUCCUGCCGAGGAAGGCUUCGAUGGCCCGACUGCUUUCGGCGGUGCUAUCCAGGCUCCCAACUCGUACAUGGGUGUUAAGUACUAUGCUGGUGUCUACGACCCUGGUCUGUGUGCCGCCGCUUGCAAGGCCACAACUGCCUAUGACAGACGCCACCCCAGAGCUGACGGCACCUACGACGCCUGCAACUUCUUCAACUCCUAUGUUCUGAGCGAGAACGGCGUUCCCCAGGGAACUUACUGCUCCAUGUACACCAAGCCAUGGAGCAAGAGCUACAGCACCAACUACGGACAAUACAGGGGCUCUGACUACUACUCUGUCUCCCAGAGCUACGGCUACACUCUCUCCCAGAUCGACCCCGGCACGAUCUCGGCUACUAACUAA